AUGCGUUUGGCUUUGAGCUUCUCCAGCGCCUCGUCUUGCAUGGUCCCCAGUGUCGGUCAUCAUUGCAGUUCGACGCUAGUAUUGCGUGAAAGGCGGUCCCAGUCCCAGUCGGUGUCGCCGUUAUCCAAUGGUGCCUUCCUCCCUGUCUAUGGACGUGCAUUCUCUGACAACUUCCAGGUGGGCAGUCCUGACACUGCGCAGAUCUUCUGGAAGGGUUGGUGGUUUCCUCUAGGUUCUUCAUAUCUAUGUGCGUCCACCAGCUGGGCUGGUGGUCUGCCCUAA